UUAUUGUCAACUGUCAAUUAAAUGUCAUUUUAAAAAUUGAGCAAAGUCAAGAAAGAAAAAAUAUAAAUUGAUAAUUGAUGGAAAGCAGAGAUUAUUGAUUUGUAGUAAAACAAACUUUAAAAACUGUGAUCAUCGAAAAUUCAAGUGUAUAUAAGUAAUAAUAGCCUUUUUCACAAUGGCUGAGCUAGCAGCACUUUUACAAACGUUAAUUCCUGAAGGAAGAACCCAUUUGACGGACAGUCAUACAAACCUCGAACGGGUAGCGGAAUAUUGCGAAGCGAAUUAUUUUCAGUCGGAAAAUAAAAGACUCGCUCUUGAGAGCACUAAAAACUACACAACCCAAUCUUUAGCAAGUGUUGCUUACCAAAUAAACACACUAGCAUUUAACUUCCUGCAUCUGCUGGAGCAGCAAACAAUCCAGUUAGCUGAAAUGGAAGGACAAAUGAACCACAUUGCUCAAACUGUUGCUAUACAUAAGGAAAAAGUGGCUCGGAGAGAAAUUGGUGUUUUAACUGCCAAUAAAGUAACCCCCAGACAGUAUAAAAUUAUAGCUCCAGCUAAUCCAGAGAAACCAAUAAAAUAUGUGAGAAAGAGUAUUGACUAUACAGCUUUGGAUGAUAUUGGUCAUGGUGCUCGUUGGAAUGGAGGCUCUAGUGGUACACCUCGUGGCCGGCGCUCUGUCUCCGCACAGGGCUCUGCCACUCUACCGGCUCCCACUACUAAGCCCCCAACACCACCGGCGGCUGUCCGAGCGGCCUCCGCAUCUAACACUGGCACUCUUGGACGUGGCACACUCGGCAAAUCGUCACGUGAAUACCGCACGCCUCCUGCGGUAGCGCCGCCGCAAGUGCCGUCACACUAUGCGCCAAACUACCCGCGUCGCCCUCCUGGAUAUUCAACGCUACCUGUAGCACAGCCACAGGUUGGCAUGGUGCAUCCUAAUCAGCAUCAGACAAAUUCCAAUUAUUCUCAGCAAGAUUUGCAUUCAAGUAUGCCACCACCACCUUCUCCAUUAAUUGGAUCUGACGGAGAGCACAGCCAACAUUCUAUGAGUCUACCUGGACAUCGGGCAUCGUCGUCAUCAGGUGUGCCAUCGCUGCGUGGUGGGUCAGUGUCCCCUCCUCUGCCUCCGCCACCGCUAGACGAUGAGCUCGCACAUGACCGCCUGCAUGACAUGCAUCCCCAUGGUAAAAUGGGAGGUCCGUACUCGAGCGCGGUGCCCGCCAUCGUGCCUGAUGAGGAGGACCUGCCGGGCUGGGUGCCCAAGAACUACAUCGAGAAAGUUGUAGCUAUCUACGAUUACUACGCGGACAAGGAGGACGAGCUGUCGUUCCAGGAGAGCGCUGUCAUCUACGUGCUGAAGAAGAACGACGACGGCUGGUGGGAGGGUGUCAUGGAUGGAGUCACCGGUCUCUUCCCAGGAAACUACGUCGAACCCUGCGUAUAAAACACUACGUACAAAUUAAACCAACAUAACUGAGUUUCCAUUGUCAACAGCAGAUAUAGAAACAUGUUGUAAACAUCUGUUGUACAAAUGGACCGGCUCGCUGUGUACAAUACCACGACUACACAGAAGACAGUGGUCAAUUGGAAGUAAUUCCCUAACCUUUUUCCUUUACCCUUUUCUUAUAAGGAAAGGAUGAGAAGAAGUGGAUUUGACGAAGGAGAGGAUGCAUAGGAAGGGGAAAUCUUUCCAUGUUUCCCCUCCGUCAGUUCUGCAUCUGC